AUGGCCUCGCGUGGAUCCCCCGGCGUCCUCGAAUCAUCCACCACUUCGAUCUCGUUGACUAGAGCCCCUCAUGAUGCUACUCGUCCGCCCUCGAGAAAACGCAAGACGUUUCAUGAUCCCCCGGAUGACUUGACGACGUCCUCGAUUCGCAUUCGGUCCCACGAAGCAUCCCCCUCCGAAGAACCCUACACCCUAAACCCGAUCGCCACCCUCCCGCGCUCCCGAUUACCAUUCUUCUGGCUCGAAACCGCCCUGACCCUAUCGCCAAUCCAAUCGGGGAGUUUGUUCGUGGCCGACAUUCCGGCUCUUGAGAAUGACGAGCAGCAGCAGCAGCGGGGCGAGCCUGCGGUGCUUGCUGCGCGGUUGGUGGGCGACGGUGGGAUAUACGUUAUCGAGAAGGUGAAGAGGGGGAUUUAUGCACUGUGCAAACUUGGGAGGGGUGUUGAGGAGGGGGAUAUCUUUGUUGCGGUUAAGGGUGGUGGUCCUGCUAUCACACAGCAGAGGGCUGUUCAAUGCGAGUCUGGUGGUGGUGGUGAGUGGUGGCAAGCGGCGCAGAUUGAGGAACCGGUAGUGGAUAUGGGUAUGCGCAUGGAUGUUGGAUCGGAGCAGCGGGGCAAGGUUGAUGUUUCGGUUGUGUUUGAGUCGACUGUUGGUGGUGAUGUUGAGAUGCAGGAUGCGUCGUUUAUGGAGUCUACGGAGAGUAGGAGUCAAUCGCUGGCGCCUCCUCGUCUUGUGCCGAUGGAAAGGAGUUCCAGCUUCGAGCCUCCUGUUUUGUCGGCAGAGUCGCAGGAUCAAGGCAUUGGAGGUGAAAAGAUGGAUGCGCUGCAGUCGCCUCAGGAGCUGCUGGAUGGCUUGAGGGAGCAGUACUUGCAGGCUCUCUACAUAUCCAAGACAUCCGUCGCAUACUUUGCCAAAGGGCCCCUGGCACGAUGCCGUGCAGCAUUCCAAUCACCCGAGCUGGAGUCUUCUAAGAAGCCAACAGACCUGAUCAAUUUCUACCGAGAGACUAUUCUGAACGCGAAAAAGAUGGACCUGAAGUAUCGGGAGACGCUACCGUCGACCAUUCGCGACAUUGUGAUUAGCAUUUCCGACGACGAAACCACUGUCCCUACGAAGAAGCGAAAAAGCAGAAAGAAGAAACUGGGCAAGAAUGGACUCUACCCCGAAGAAGACGGGUUUAUCCGAAAAUGGUGGAAAGACCGAAGUCUUGCCGAAGGGGUUCUGAUCAACACGUCACGAGAAGCAGAAGCCAAAAAACAUGUGGCCGAUCUACGGCUGCGAGAGACGCAGUUGCAGAUACUUCUUAUCUUGGAAACGAUAGCGUUGGAGUUGGCUAUCGCUGAAGAGGCCAAGAAGGCAUCAUCUGCUGAUAACGAUAGCGGUGAGAAGGGCUCAGGCGAGACGCCCAAGAAACCCAAAACCAAGAAAUCACAAGAUUUGAACGUGUUGCUGGAGCUUCAUCUUGAUCGGCUGUGUAUCUGGCAUGCUGUCAGUUUUGAGGAUGCGGUCGUUGCCGAUUCGGCCAAGUCAUACGACAGCAACCAUCUCUCUGGAAAGAAGGUGGAAAGCGACGCGGUGCGCGACUUUUGCACAGAGGUGAUUGUUCCAUUCUACGCUUCACGUCUCCCCGAUAAAUGCAAAUUAAUCACACGCAAAUUUGGCGUGUCGAGCGCGACUUUGCCCACGACAAAACACUCUCAUGCAAGAAAAACCGUGCCACGAGGGGAAUCUGGGACGGCGGUCAAGCAGCAGCAGCAGCGACAACCCCCUCAGAGGCCUCGCCGCAGUCUGCAGCGAGUGUUGACAGACGAACAGAGCGCAUCGCAAGGGCGACACCCAUCGCUGAGUCGAUCCAACACGGCACCCUCGCAGACAGAGUCUAGACGCGACUCGAUGGAACCACUGCUGCCGUCGCUGAACUCGAGCGUGCGCGGGGGCAUCCAGAAAGCAAAACGGGUGGAGAACCGCGAAGUGGACCUCAACGCGGUGGCCAGACAACAUGAGACCAAGCUAAAGAAGGUGCACAUCCUGGUCGAGCAGAAGAGAGAGCUCGACGCCGCGAUCCAUGCGCUCCGAAAACCCAAUCGCGAAUUAGUCGCCAGGGAUAUUGCUGACGACGCAGAUAAACGGACGUCCAGCGGCCGCAAGCCCAAAAACCCUGUUCGCAAUCCCUUUGGGCAGGGUGUGCAGGUCAUGGCCACGCCCAAAGGCAGUCGCAAGAAAGACGUGGUCGGUCUCGGCUUACCCCCUGUGCCUAAAAGCCUGAUGCGAGAAUCGAGACGCUCAGGUGUUGCUUCCUCUCCAUUCGGCAGCGACGCUGUAAUCCCGGGUUCAGCCGUACGCGCCGGUUCUAACAGCAAGAGAAUAUCCGCAUCAGAUAAUACUCACGAAGGCGAAGGAGAAGGCAUCCAAGAAACACCAUCUCGACGCCCACCCAAACCGUUGGGCUCCAUAUUCGACGACGACGGAGGGGCAACACCAGAUGCGGGGUCCGGAUUUUCAGGAAAUCUAUUCCGCGUGCCCAAUCGCCCAGCACGACUUACUGCCACGACCACCACCACAGCCGCUACGACUAGUGAGGUAGCACCAUCGACCCCGGUCGCGUCGCGGCGCGUCGAGACCACCAACCGCCAACUUAGCAGCAAGCCUGUUGAGACGAUCAAAUCGAGCAUGGUGAUGGAGACGCCCCCGAAACAAGGAACAGGAGCAGGCCCCACCAGUGUGCCUGGUGUGCAGAGUAUGGCCCCGCCGAGUUCGCCGGUCGUGCUGGGGACGCCUGUGAAGAAGAGUAGCAGUGAGAAGCCCUCGGGUGGUGCGAUGUUGACAUCCUCGGCAAUUCCGGUCACGCCCGAGAAAUCGGGAAAAUCGAUUUACGAGCAGUUGGGGUGGGAUGAUGAAGAUGAGUUGGGGAUGUAA